GUUAGUAUCGACCCCAUGACUCCCCUUAGUAUCGACAUUGAUCUUGGCUCGAUCUGCUCGCCUUUACCUUCACUGCGCAUUGGACGUGCUUGGGAAGAAACUUUUCACUGCGCAUUGGACGCACUUGGGAAGAAGCUUUUCACUGCGCGUUGGACGUACUUGGGAAGAAACUUUAACCAGCCACUUUCAAAAAUGAGAAAAAGGAAUGACAACAAGAAUGUAUCAUCCUCCGCCCAGGCAACUCCUCAACAUCAGAGGAAGACGGAGAAUGCGCCCAGCUGGAAGCCAAGGGGUUUAUUUAUCCUGUUUGUUAUCCUCGUUUUGGUGCCUUUCACACUGAUAGUGGCACAGCGAUUACUCCAGCACCUUGUUUACACACACAGACUCAAGGUUCCGUUCUUUACUGACCUCAGCCAGCCUGCUGACUUCUCCCAAAACCACACCAUUAACAUGUACUUAACAUCAGAGCAGGGAAUCUCUCUUGGUGUGUGGCAUACGGUGCCUGCAAGUAAAUGGAGGGAGGCACAAGGGAAAGGCCUGGCAUGGUAUGAAAGCACAAUAAGUGAUGGGAGUCCAGUUUUCAUAUAUCUACAUGGGAACACAGGCACAAGGGGGGCUUCUCAUCGGGUGGGAACUGCAAAGGUUUUGAGUGCACUUGAUUACCAUGCGAUAGUGCUUGAAUACAGAGGAUUUGGAGACUCAAGUGGCGAACCAACCGAAGUUGGACUUACUACAGAUGCCCUCCACGUUUACAACUGGGUGAAAGAACGCAGUGGAAGCAGCCCGGUCAUCCUCUGGGGACAUUCUCUUGGCACUGGAGUGGCCACUAACACUGCUGUCAAACUGCUUGAGCAAGGUAUUGUUCUGGACGGCAUUAUUCUUGAAGCCAUCUUUAAUAUGGCUGAACAAAAACUACCAAGGCAUAUAUUUUCUUGGUAUUACUGGAAAUUUCCUGGCAUGGGAUAUUUUUUUCGGGAGCCAUGGGCUGAAAAUAAAAUUGACUUUCCCAAUGAGGAUAAUUUAAGAAAAAUGAGAAGCCCAAUUCUUUUCCUUCAUUCAGAGGAUGAUCAGUUUAUUCCCAUUGGGAUUGCUCAGCGACUGUACAAGGUAGCAGUGAGUGCCCAGAAUGCAGAGCGGGUCAAGCUUGUAACUUUUGAAGGUUCCCUUGGGUACCUGCACAAUGGAUUAUACAAAGACCCCCGUCUGCCUGACAUCAUAAGGAAGUUCAUCUUGUCUGUGUAAAGUGGGCUGUACGAGUCCAGCAGUUAUUCAAUAUGGCGUGUGUACACACAGUAUGUGAGAGAAGGAGGUACAGUCGUCCCUCGUUUAUCGCGUUUAAUUGGUUCCGGACCCUACUGCGAUAAAUUUUCACGAAGUGGGACUCAAUAGUAAUAAUUUGAAUGUAGUUAGAGCAUAGAAAAGCUGUUUAUGACUUUCUAAAUACAAUUUUUUACCAUUAUUAGAGCCCUGUUGACAUGAAAUAACACCCCAUAGUCACUUUUACACUCCUAUUAUUCUUUGUUUACACCACAUUGCUAAUGCGCAGGCUACAUCACUGCAGGGGCAUAAGAAGACGGCUGCUGCUAACAUAUCAAUCUACCGAGCUAACUAGUUAGCCUCUCCAAUUUACUUAUUCUAAAUGUAAGCAAGUGUUUCAAACAGAGUGGGGAACAAUGCUAAAAUUAGAGGCCGAAACCUUACCACUUCCACACGAAUGAGAGAACUAUGUUAUGUCUGACAUGCGGUGGCUGACUACAUGCAGGGUGAUGGUAAUCUAAUCUCAUGUCAUGUCUCAUUAAUGUAACAUUACUGACGCCUAGUGGCCAGAAUACUACAUAAACUUGUGUUUCAAUCUUUUUUGACUAAUAAUAAUCUAUAGGGAAGCACGAAACAGCAGUCAUUUAUUAAUUAAUUUUCAAAAACUGGUGAUAGACGAAGGAAGUGAGGUUCGAACCGUGACAUAGCGAGGGACGACUGAACUGUAAAUCAUGUGCUUUGUCUCAAAAAUUUUAUGAUGUUUAUUGGCUCAUUUCCAUGUCAUGAUUGUUGGGAAUAUGUGAUUACAAAAAUAAUUUGUGGGCUAUUACUCCAUAGGGAAAUAUAAUGAGGCUACAGGAGAUGUGUUCUACAGUACACUGACACAAAGUGACAAUGCCUUGCUUUAACUAACUUUAAAUUGCUUAUUGCGCAUCAUACUUGAUUAACUGAUCAUUUAGAAUUCCAGCAAUUGUGUGGAAUUAGUUACUUAUAUAAAAAUGUAGUGCUUCGCUUGGCUGCCAUCAUCAAUGGCACUGUUGAUUCUGUCCAAACAUUUCUUUCAGUCUAUAUGUCUGUCCAUUUUCUGUACGGCUUAUCCUUAGUGAAAAGCCACGCACGCACGGGAAGGACAUGCAAACUCCACACAGAGAUUUUCCAAUGGAGAGUCAAACCCGGACCCCCGUGCAGCACAGCUCUUUCAAGUUCAAGUUAAAUUAAAUUCUGUUGUUGUACAGGGUAUAUUCACAUAUUAGAUCAUCUUUAAUGCCACUGUAUCACAAAUUCAACACCUGUGUCUUGAUUUGCUUGAAUUAAAUAUCUUCUU